GAUUAGAUUGAGGUGCCGGGCCACUAUGUAUAUGGUAAACAUCCUGCUGCCCAGCUGCUUUCUCAUCACAGUCUACCUCUUCAGCUUCCUGCUGCUUCCACAGAGCGUGGACAGGUCCACCUUCAAGAUGACCCUCAUCCUCGGCCACACCGUCUUCCCGCUGAUCAUGAAUGACCUGCUGCCGGUCACUGGAAACACCAUACCCCUGAUAUACGUGUUCUUUUCCAUCUGCCUGGCUCUGAUGGUGGCCAGUUUGCUGGAAAUAAACCCCAUCACCAACCUGCUGUGUGGGUCUGCUGACUUCUCUCCUGUCCCUCACUGGAUCCGAGUCCUCACGCAACUUCUGGGAUUUCUUGUUUCCAUGGCACCAAUGAAUAAGAAAUCAAGAGCUUCGGAAAUAGACCUUAAGACCACAACUGCUGUGGAAAAUAUUGAAGAUUAUGAAGAGCCUCAAGAGAAAAAUGGGCCUGGAGUGGAGGACGGGGCUGUGCAGGAGCUAAAGAAAGUGGGCAAGGACCUCCAGGACAUCCACCUGGAGGUCAACCAAGGCUCAGAGGAGUGGAUGCAGUGCUGCUCGCUGAAAGUCAGGCCUUCAAAGCUUCUAUUAAUCUUCAUCUCUCUGCUCAUGCAUGCUCAGUACGGCUCCACCAUGCUGAACUGCUCCAACCCUGAUACACCGUCAACGCUGGAGGCUCUUUCGCCAAUCUUCAACCUGAACGCCAUUCGACCUGUGGUGAACAUAACAACAGUCACUAACGUUGGCCUUUUCUUAACUGUGUUUGGCAUUAUGGGAGUGGAUGAGAAAGCCCAGCUCCUUACAACAUUUCUAUGGCAAGAUGUUCAAUGGGAAAAUGAAUUCACCAAGUGGGACCCAGAAAACUGUGGAACUAGUCGGAUUUCAAUUCCAAGAACAAAUCUCUGGGUACCAGAUAUUGUAAUCAAUGAAAUCAUGGAUGAAAACACAGCUCCAAAGGUCCCAUAUACCUACCUGCUUUCUAAUGGCAUUGUGAGGGAUUCACAGCCUGUCAAAGCUGUCACCUCGUGCAGGCUUGACAUCUACUUGUUUCCAUUUGACAUUCAGAACUGCACUUUAACCUUCAACUCAUUCACACUCAAGAGUAAUGCUCUGCAGCUUUAUCUGACAGGGACUUCAGAGAUGAUGUUUGAAAACUCUAAAUCAAUGAUGGCAACCAAGGGUGAAUGGGAAUUAAUAGGAAUUGCAGCAAAGAAAUACACACUACCGUCUACAGUAUCGGGCUUUUAUGAUGAAAUUCGCUUCCAAAUCUCAUUGCGGCGCCAGGCCAUGCUGUACAUAGUGAACCUCCUGCUCCCCAGCUGCUUCCUCAUCACUGUGGACCUCUUCAGCUUCCUCCUGCCUCCCAAUGAUGUCGACCGCUCUUUGUUCAAGAUGACACUAAUCCUGGGCUACACCGUCUUCCUGCUCAUAAUGAAUGAUCUGCUGCCUGUUACUGGAAAUGCCAUACCUCUCAUAAACGUUUUCCUGUCUAUGUGCCUGACUAUGAUGGUGGGCAGUCUACUGGAAACUAUUGUCGUUACAAGCUUCCUGCAUGGUUCCUCUAACUAUUCUCGAGCUCCUCGUUGGAUCAGAGUGCUUUUUCUUAAAAUCCUGGGUCGACUAGUAUGCCUUCCUCAAAAGCCCAGAGAUCGAAACGACACAGUGAUCCAAAAUCCGGUCACACAGGAAAUGCCAAUCUACUCUCCAGUGACAGAGGAAUCCAAGACUCUGGAGCAGAAGGGGCCACUGAGUGAGGACAAAGCCCUGCAAGAGCUGUGGAGCCUGGGCAGAGUCCUCCAGGCCAUCCGCCUUCAGGUGGAGCAGCAUCUGAGCAAAAGCCUGAGCACAGAGGAAUGGAUCCAGAUAGGUUUAAUCAUAGACCGCCUGCUGUUCAUCCUUUACAUCAUCUUCAUAACAGUCAGCUUCAUUACCAUCAUCAUUAUCUGGGUGGUUUCAUACAAUGCAGCCUAAUGUAACUUUUUAGCUUGUCUUCUUUAAACUCUUUGUAUACAUUGAAAUGCUUUACCCUGUUCUGUAAUUUUAGUAUGCCAAUUAUGCAAAUACAUAUAUAACAGAGCCCUAUUUUCCAACAAAACCCUUCAUCUGUCUUAUAUUUUCAUCACUUUAUGAACCAAAAAGCAAAUUAGACAAGAAACUUUAAAGUCCAGAUAAUUACG